GGUCUGCAGUAGCGCGCUGGCGGUCGCUCAGUUCAUGCCGGCCCAAGAUGGCCGAUGCUUGGGCUCUGGUGACGGGGAGUCACGGAAGGGAGCGGAUGACAAAUUACAUUUGAACUUUUUAUUUUGACUCAUUCAUAUAUUAAAAGAAACCAACGCCCCUUCCUCCCCUCUUCUCUCCGCCCCCUUUGCUCUUCCAUCUCGCCUCUCAGUUCCCCACCCCCACCUCCUCCUCCUUCCCCUCUCUUUUAUUUUUUCGCCGCUUGUGUGAUUUUGUCCAAAACCCCUUUUCAAUCCGUCAAGACGUAGCAUGAUAGUGCCGGGAAGAAAAUGGGCGAGAAGCACGAACUGCGUCUUAAAAGCCCAGUGGGCGCGGAGGCUGCUGUGUAUCCCUGGCCCUUGCCGGUCUAUGACAAACAUCAUGAUGCUGCUCAUGAAAUUAUUGAAACCAUCCGAUGGGUUUGCGAAGAGGUCCCUGAUCUUAAGCUUGCUAUGGAAAACUACGUGCUAGUGGACUAUGAUACCAAAUGCUUUGAAAGCAUGCAAAAGCUAUGUGAGAAGUAUAACCGGGCCAUGGAUAGCAUUCAGCAGUUGUGGAAAGGAACAACACAGCCUAUGAAACUGAAUACUCGCCCUUGCAAUGGCCUGCUACGACAUAUUCUGCAACAGGUCUACAACCACUCAGUGACUGAUCCAGAGAAAUUGAACAAUUAUGAACCCUUUUCUCCAGAAGUUUAUGGGGAAACAUCAUUUGAUUUAGUUGCUCAAAUGAUUGACGAGAUCAAGAUGACUGAAGAUGAUACAUUUGUUGAUUUAGGAAGUGGAGUGGGUCAAGUCGUGUUGCAAGUUGCUGCAGCUACACAGUGCAAGCAUUACUAUGGUGUUGAAAAGGCAGAGAUACCUGCAAAAUAUGCUGAGGCAAUGGAUAUAGAAUUCAGGAAAUGGAUGCGGUGGUAUGGAAAGAAAUAUGGAGAGUACACUCUGGAGAGGGGUGAUUUCCUUUCUGAAGAAUGGAAAGAAAAAAUUGCCAGCACAAGUGUUGUGUUUGUGAAUAAUUUUGCCUUUGGUCCCGAGGUGGAUCACCAGCUGAAGGAACGAUUUGCAAACAUGAAAGAAGGUGGUAAAAUUGUCUCUUCCAAGCCCUUUGCGCCAUUGAAUUUCAGAAUAAAUAGCAGGAAUUUGAGUGAUAUUGGCACCAUUAUGAAGGUUGUGGAGUUAUCACCACUGCGAGGAUCAGUUUCAUGGACUGGUAAACCAGUUUCCUACUACCUGCAUACAAUUGACCGGACCAUACUUGAAAACUACUUUUCUAGUCUCAAAAAUCCAAAACUCAGGGAGGAACAAGAGGCAGCUAGACGUAGACAACAAAAGGAAAACAAAGAAAAUAAGAGUAGUACAACAACUCCAACCAAGGAUUCUGGUCCUGAAGAGGAGAAAAUUGGGGUAACCGGAAUUAAAAAAUCAGCUUCACCUGCUAAACCACGGAAGAGCAAAAUAAUUAACAAAGGCAAGAGAAUUGCAGUGAAAAAAAGAGGGCGCCCCAAGAAAAUGAGCACUGCAAUUUCGAAAAGAAAUACAAAGAAAAGCCAAUCUGCACUGGAUCUUUUACAUGCUCAGACUCUAUCGGCAUCCUCACCUCAGGAUGCAUACAAGUCACCUCAUAGUCCGUUUUACCAACUACCUCCCAAAGUGCAACGCUAUUCACCCAAUCAGUUUUUACUGGGUCCUACACCACCUGCACUACAGAAGCUGCUAGAGUCUUUCAGGUUGCAGUAUCUGCAGUUUAUGGCAUAUAUGAAGACACCUCAGUACAAGACUAACUUGCAGCAAUUAUUGGACCAGGAAAAGUUGAAGAACAUGCAGUUAACAGGGACGGCACAGCAGCUGUUUCGACAUUGUCAGACACAGAAAGAAGAGGUUCGCCUUCUUUUUCAGCAGAAACUUGAAGAGUUGGGUAUAAAGGCCAUGACAUUCAAUGAUUUACUCCAAGCGCAGAAGGAGAUUAUUGCACACAACAGGCAUCUGAAAGAGCAGACAAAGCAGCUGGAAAAGGACAACGGUGACCUCAGGAAACAAAGUCUGCAGCUGCUGAAAGCACGAUGUGAAGAGCUUAAUUUGGAUUGGUCAUCACUGUCUUUGGACACCCUGCUGAAGGAGAAACAAGCCUUGAAGAGUCAGAUCUCAGAAAAGCAGAGGCACUGCUUAGAGCUUCAGAUAAGCAUUGUAGAGCUGGAGAAGAGCCAACGGCAGCAAGAGCUAAUACAGCUGAAAUCUUACAUGCCAUCAGAUGAUGUAUCCCUUCAGCUACGUCACAAAAGCAAAAAUUAUGAAAUGGAUGCAGAAAGAAACAGAUUUCAACUUGAAAUUGAAUGUCCUAAAAUUCCAAUGGGAAGUAUGAAUGGUUUGAGUCCAGAACUCUCGAUUAAUGGAAAUGUAACUCCUUUUGAAAUUCACAGUUCUUUAAGCCGGCCUUCUUCCAAAUCCCAGAAUGUAUACAACACUGCAUUUCCAGAUCCGGACAAUGAACUGUGCAUCCCAAAUUUUAUGAGCAAACAUAAAGUGGACAGAUCAUCGAAUCAUUCUCUUCCCGAUUACACCAGGUUUUCUCCAGCUAAAAUAGCACUUCGUCGACAUUUGAACCAGGAUCAUACUGGAGGGGGGAAGCUCACACAUGAAGUACAAUCGGCCUGCGCUCAGAGGAUGGAUUGUCUGAAAGAAAUCGGCCUUUCACAUCAGAGUCCAGGAGUUCCUAAUGGUAUUCAGCAUGGUUCCAAUGAACAGCUGCAACCAUCAUCACUAACAAUCCAGCAGAUGGCAUGUGAGAAAAGUGUAGACAAGCUUUCUAAGGAGUUCAACAAAAGUCCAGUUAAUAAUUCUGAAACCAUAACCAGCCUACCAAUCAGUAUUCCAUUGAGCACGGUUCAACCAAACAAAUUGCCUGUCAGCAUUCCUUUGGCCAGUGUAGUUCUGCCAGUUCGUGCUGAGAAAGCGAGAAACACACCUAGUCCUAUUCAUAUUUCAAAUCGUGACUUAUCAAUGCUUGAGAAACAAUAUGGUGCUAACUAUGGAAAUUCAGCUGCAAACAAACCACAGUCUUCGGCUACCUCAGGUUAUUGUUACUCUGCUGGCUCUAUGACGGUUAAUGGAGUCCAUUCUGGUUCUUCCAUCCAAUCAACACUCAACAGUCAUGACAAGACAUUAGAAGAAUCUGAUUCCACCAGCAUAGGUCUCCUUGCCAACAGUGCUGGCUUGCAGAGUACAAACUUACAGCACGCAACAGCGCACCUGAUGCCGUCUCGGAAUUCUGAACAGACUUGCCCUGCCACACAGCAUUCCUCCAGCCCCAGGCUCUCGAGCUCUCAGAACCCAACAACCAGCUCCCCCAAUGUUGGUGGAGUUUUACAGUAUGCAGACACACAAAAGGCCUUCUCAGAAGUAAUGAGAAAAGACUUACCAUCAGACCAAGGUGCCUCUGAUCAGGAGAAUGAAUCUAAACGGAGGGUAAUAUUUCCCACUGCAAAUGGUGGGAGCAUAAAGCAGCCCAUUUUAAACAAACAAACUUCAUUUGCUUCGGCUGUCAAGUUGGAAUCUGGGCAGUCGAUGCCUCAAGAAGGGAAAAAGAAGAGCCGAAGAAAACGUUCUUCCCUGACAUCCAAUCUGAAUGCCGGAAAUUCCCCUAAACGGAAAUCCCUGCUUGCUUCGCUUGGUCUUUCUUCAGGAUCCCCUUUGAAUAUAAGCUCCAUGGUCAAUAAUAUCAAUCAACCCCUGGAGAUAACAGCAAUUUCAUCACCAGAAACUUCAGUGAAAAGUUCUCCAAUUCCACAUCAGGAUAAUGAAGGGCCUCCAAAUUUGAAAAAGAAGAAAAUGUUUGCAUCUAAUGGUGUUCAUUAUUCACCUCUUACAUCUGAUGAAGAACAUGAGGAGGAAAAUCAACAGAUUAAUGGAAGGAUUGAAAGAAAAAUGACUCAAUGCACUGUGUCCAUCGAGAGUAAAGAAAUUACACCUGUCUGUGGUGAAAAUGACCCAGUGGGAAGCUUAACGAUACGGAAGCAAGGACUCAGUUCCAGUAGUACAGACAACAGCAGUAAAUGGAAAUCCACUUUUUCUCCAAUAUCUGAUACCAAUUUGACCAAGAACUCUGAAAACGGAUCCCAGUCAGCAUCUGCUUUAUGCCAAGCUUCUCCUUUUGGCACCAGGCCUAUUACAGGUAUUUUUAACCAUGUGGUGCCUUCAGUCUCUUCCCAUCAGUUUGGAGCCAGUUUCAGCAAUGUUCCAGUAUCUAGUAGCUUUAACCCACUACAGACUGUUCCUACAACUUCCCAGUCAUUUCUGUCUGUCUCUUCUAGUACAUUAUCUUCCACUGAUAGUAGAGUGAGUCCUUACCUUACCCGAGCACCUCCACAGUCUGUGCUUAACACACCUUCCCCUAAUAUUUCCUUGCCUCCACCUCCUCCAUUGUUGAACUCGACUAGUUCUGACCCAUCUCUUUUCCGGACUAUGUCUUCUGUUAGUGAUGGAUAUUUGCCUCCAUCCAUCUCUUGCUCUUCAACUGCGUCGCUUCAAUCUGCUAACACUGCAUUAGCCUUGAAGCUUGCGUCUUUGCAGCCCAAAGCAUCUCACCCUUCUUUCACAGUGCAUCACCCACCUCUGCCACAUUCAGCGCUUGCACAGGCAGCACCUCUAAUUCCUCAGUCUGGUACAAAUACAUCUGCAAUGUGGGUCACACUUGGCAUGCAGCCUCCUUACGCUACACAUUUCUCUGGGGUUAAGCCUCGAUAAGAACUUGCGUACUAUAUCAGUCUUAUAAGGUAAUUAGGAAGUCUACCUCAAAACAAUGUGACCUAUGCAAGGACAAUGUGGACCAAGUUCAUCCACUUCCAUCAAACUAAAGGUGCUUGAGUGGCCUGCAAACAUUGUUUUGCUUCUUUACUACUGGAAAAUAAAAUAAAAUAAAUUCUACUGUGAAUUGGUUUUAGUGUUGCUGCAAAAAAAUGGCUCCUGUUGUACAGCAUUUGAACAGAAACUAUUUAUCUUCUUUCCAAGUAACUUGGGGCUAGUCAUUGUUCCAGCAAGCCCGUAGAGAAGCUCCAAGGUGUGAAAUGCAGCACACACCAGCAUUCGUUCAUUAGCCUGCUGCUGGUGCUAUUUUAAUCAUCACAAACUGUGCCUCUGUGGGUUCUGAUCCUUGGUGCUCAUUAUUCUGAAAGGUUGGUUGCUAAUGUCCCAAUAAUAUUUUGCAUCACUUGUUAAGUUCGGUACGAUGCAAAUAUUGCUCAACCUUGUCUAUUUUAUACAAGUUUGUUUGUGCUCCUUUCUCUCGUCUUUUGUACGUUGAGUGAUAGAUUAUUAUAACACAGAAAAAUACUGUCAUCACUGUUAUUCUUUUGUUAAUUUAAUGGUGUUUUAUAGCAUUGUAAAUUGCAUUUGAAACGAUGUAAUCUAAUACCAUUAGAUAAAAAUUUAUUAUACAUUUGAAUUAUUGCUGUGUGUAAUUUUAAUUGCAAAUAAUAGCACAUUGGUUUUCUGGUGAGCAUAGAUUAUAAUGAAGUGUAAAUGUUACCAUUUUCUACACAUUUUGUUUGAAAAAUGUAUUAUGUAUAAGCAACCCAAGAAAGUAAAAUAUGAAAAGGAAGACUAAAAUUUUAAAUGCAGUGGGAUUUCAUAAGCAUUUGUCAUUUAAAAAAUGUAUUUUAAGCAUUUCUUUAUCACUGUUUUAUACAUUUAAUGGUGGGACAUCUUUACUAAUACAAUUUUUAAGUACCUCAAGUUUUUUUUUAAUAUCCUUACACAAAUUUUCUGGUUUAGGAAUUCAACAUUGGAUUCUACCUGAAGCUAAUUGUUUUCUUUUAUUAAAUGAUUUUAAAGUCUGAAGCAAAGAAAUUGCAGUAAUUUUUAUGUAAUGGUAUUCACUAACCAAACUGCAGUUGAGACCAAUGCCAAGCAUUUUUUAAGUAUAAUAUAAUUGGAUUCUAUAAUGUAGUGACUUAAAAGUUUUGUAGGCCAGCAGGAAGCUGUGAUGACUGAGGAGCUGAUUUACAUGCUUCAUAUUUAUUGUAUUACAGCACAGAGGAGCCCAUGACAUUUUAAACAAAGACUUUAUCCAACAUACUAAGUAAAUAUAAAAGCUAUAAGGGGAUAUGGGGUUGGGAUGGUAAGGGACUUGCCCUCAAGUCCUGCUGCCUGUUUUGAAACCACGUCGCAGUCCAAAAACUGUUGUAUUUUACCCGAGGGAAUGAACUGCUUUUGCUUUGGUUUGCCUAGAAAAUAGCUAUAGUGGUGGCUAUGUGGGAAUUUGAGUUUGUGAUUGAGUAAUUGUAAUAAAAUGAAAUCUUGUAAAAGUGUGAGCAGAAAUGUUGGCUUAUUACAUUAUGGGGUUUGUAGUUCUGCAAAGGUAAAUUAACUUGGAUAUAUGCAUGCACCUUUAUGCAUGACGCGCACUAAAAUAGUGACACGUGUCUUAUUGGUACAUGUUCAGUGCGUCAUUAUGCACAAUGUAGAGAAAGUAGUAAGUGUUCCAGUGCAAAAAAACUGGACACCUUCCACUGGUUAUCAUCUUGGGUGCAUAACCAUAAUAUUUUAACAUUUACUUGAGGUUAAUAUUUAUUCAAGUUUAAAGUACCAUAACAUAGUGCUAUAGAAUCUUACUUCCCUUCCUCUAUCCUGGCACAUUUUUGGGCAAGUAUCCAUGAAAUGUGACGUGAGAUCUUUCUCAGGAAGAAUGAGAUUACUAGAGUGUAAUCUUUGAUCAUCUUCCUUUUCAAAAUAAUUGAGAAGAUAAUUGAGUUAGGAAAUAGGUGACUACAAUUAGAUUUUUAGUCUCAUGCUAGUACAGAUGCAAUAGUUACCAGGUGUUAUAAACUCAGCUGUUGAGAUACAAGUCAAAUAUGUUCAAUCCAGAGUUCAAUUCUAUACAAAUAGACACUAAAACAGUAACAAAAAACAAACUGUUUAAGAUUAUGGUCUUUGGUUGAAUUUCAAUCUCUCAGCCUGCAUUUGAGAAAUCAGUGAUAUUGACUUAACAGCAGAUUGAUAAUUUGGAUAAUAACAUUCUGCCAAUCAACUAUCUACAAGAAAGUUGUAAAUCAGUCAUAAAUCUGGCUUCCUUUUUGUACAAAGUAGCAAAAUUUACACUAGUAUUUGGUAGAAUGUUAGUAAGACAGUUAUGAUAAAACAUCAGAAUAAUGGCAGGAUGUUCUCAUAAGUAGCCUUAAAUUUGUAGGUAUAUUGAGAUGUAAUUACAUACUGUGAAAACUGAGCCAUAUAACUUAAUAGAGAAAAGAUGCAUUUGCGUCAUUUUAUGUCAGUUUCUAGUAAUAAUACAGACUGCUUUACUUAAGCAGACAGUUUGUACAAUCGGUUGGGGUGCCUCUAGCAUGCAGAAAUUGUAAAUGAGCUUCACCCCUUGAGAAUAAAGCAUCUAUUGUAAUCCGUACACUAUUUAUCAAGUUCAGUUUAUUGUAAGGAAAAAUGUACAAAGUAAUACCUAUUAUUUUAAUAUAUAUUAUCAAAAUGCCUGAGAUAUAUUAAAAACUAUUACCUAAUUUUCUUUAGUGUAUCAGAAUACUUUGAAGAGUGUUUUGUUUGUAACAAAUUGUGCAUUUUAAAAAAUCUAACCAGUUUCUGUGAACCAUCACAAGGCACAGAUUACAUUUAUUCAGCACUGAAAGAUAAUGUCCAUCAUAUGCUGGAUUUUAGACAUCAAUUAUUUUUCAACUUCCCCACAUGCACAUAAGGGUAUUUGAACAGUUUUAACAUUUAAAAUGCUUAUGUUGGGAAAGAUAAAAGAAUAUUUUAAUCCUCUUUGCACUGCAUCCUGAAUGAGCAUUUAAAGCAAUGCAUCUGUAAAUAACUAAAUUCAUAUUAUAGAAUAUCACAAUUCUUGUAAAUUGUGCAUCAAGGAUCCUGUUUCAGGUGCACUUACAUAGUGUUAUGCUUACUACCAUUUUAACCACACAGGUAAUACAAGUUGAAAAUGCAAUAUUUGCCAUAAAUAUGAAGUGUGCUAUGAUCUUGUAAUAUGAUGAGGGGAUUACAAUAUAGUGUUAAAACUCCUGAUUAUUUCAGGCACAUAUUAUCCCCAAAAUGUUUACAUACAGGAGUUGGAAUUAGUAAUUUUGCAAAUUUCUUUGAAUUAAAAAGGUGCAAAAAAUCUUAAUUUUGUGAAGGUUUCUCCAGUUUACUCCCCCUGUAAGGUCCUCCAUGUUAGCUUUUAAUAUCUGCAUAGAUUUGCAUCAGGUUCCAUAUAUCCUGUGUAAGAUGGACGUUACCUUUAACAACAAAAGUGGAGGAUGAACCAGCUGUUCUUUGCACUUGUACCAUUAUAGUCUGUCUAUUUUGUGGCUAUAGUUUAUCUUGUACAAUGUUGCUUGGUGUGGAAGAAAGACAAAGAAGCUAUUCUAAAUAAACACAAUGUUAAGGAAGAAAAUCUGUGGUCGUUUGUCUAUUAUAUACAGGUCAUCAAGUAUGUAAAGAUGGGAAGCUGAUGGCGCUCAGGAAUUGUCUUGUAACUAUUGGCAUAGCUGUAGAAUAUGAAAUGUAUAACUUAGAUGUAUAACAUUAAUAGCCAGUUCAUUUAGCUUUUCGAAUUUUCCACAAUGCAGCCAGUGCAUAUACUGUAUGGUAGGGAAAGGAAUGCUUAUGAUUUAAUUGCCUCAUGCUUAAAUUGUGAAAUUUGUGAAGGUUAAAUGGCAGGUAUUCUAAAGAGCUUGUAGUGCUUAUGUAAUGAUGUAGUAAUAAUGUUUUGCCAUUCUACCCGUAUCUGGGGUUGUAAAGUACUGUAAAUCUAUUUAAGUUGCAACUACUAAAUUGUUUUGCUUUUUGGAAUAAGAUUUCCUCAGCUUGGCAGUUUUUGACAUUUUACCCCAGUUUACUCAAGGUCUUUAUCUCGGAUGUUAAUUUUGCCAAGAAUUUAAUGCAUCUGUUUUUUUUUGCUUUUAAUAAAGUUGUAUUUCUAAAUAUAUACAAUGUGUAUCAGUUAUUGCAAAACGAAAUUCCUUAUACCAGCUUCGAAACUUGUAGGAAAGUAGUAAAUUUCCGAAUGCAGCUAUUACGUAUGUAUAUAUAUUUUUAAAAAGUGCAGCCAUGUUUGCAUAUGGUCAGUUUUGUUUAUUUCAUGAAACAACUGGGUUUCCUCAAUGUGUUGCUUGAAACUGUGGUAAUUCUGUAAACUGUUUCUAAAUACCUUUUGCACUUAAAGGUAUUCCGCUGCUAGGAGGAGCUAGUUUAAAAUGUUUUAGGUUAUGAUCCAAACUGAUUAUCCAAAAUGCAGAGAUGGUUUGUCUAUUAGUCUCCUACCAGAAAAGAAAUCCUGGCUGAAUAAUAGCUGUUCUGAAGUUUUUGCGCUUAUUACCAGACUCCAUCAUUAACAGCUGGUUAGCUAAAGAUAGGGCUAUCAAACACUUAAUUUGGUUGUGAAAUUUUAUACUGUAAGAACAAGCUAAAUUAGGCCAUUCAGCUUAUCAAGUCUGCUCUGCCAUUCUACCAUGGCUGAUUUAUCCUUUUC